UUAGAAUAGCAACACACUACAUGAAUUUACACUAAUCCCCUCCCUUCAGAAAGUUUCAUUUGCUCCAUACAGUACCGUAGCAUAGACUCUGACACAGGAUUGUUCUCCGGACAGUGAAACCACCACUGACACCCCUACGUACCACAAACUGGACCUCCUACGCUGCUGAUCUCCACUUUUCCAAGGACGCCCAUAAUUAGAAAAUCCAUAUUGGCACCUCCUUAUCUGCUAGAAAAAAUAUGAGGUGGACAGGUGUGAUACGGAUCUUCGUUGUCGCGGUCACGCUACUGUCGAUAUGGUAUUUUGCAGAACAAAUGUUCUCCAUAAAAUGGGAAGCAAAGAGUCUACAAAGUCUGUUUGGUCACGAGGAAGCAGUUGUUUCAGUCCUGACAAAGAAGCGCCCCAAGUGUGGGAAUGAGAAAGAAUGUCCGGAAAAUUACUUUGCCUUUAAAAUGAUAAGCGGAGCAGCCAAUGUGGUGGGUCCUUCCAUUUGUUUGGAGGACAAAAUCAUAAUGAGUGGUGUGAAAAACAACAUUGGAAGAGGACUGAAUAUCGCCUUAGUGAAUGCCACCACGGGGGAAACUCUCGGAACAGGCCAUUAUGACAUGUACUCAGGUGAUAUAAAGGAAGUUAAGGCGUUCUUUGAGCCCGUAAAAGAUGGCACCCUGAUAUUUAUUGCAACAUACGAUGAUCCAUCCACAAAGCUGGACACCCAAACCAGAGAGUUACUUACCAGCUAUGGAAGUAGUUAUGCAAAGAAACUGGGUUUCCGCGAUGGCUGGCUCUUUGUUGGUGGUAAAGGAUUAAAGAACAAAAGUCCCUUUGAACAGCACAUAAAGAAUAACAAGGAAACAAACAAGUACGACGGCUGGCCGGAGGUGCUAGAAAUGGACGGCUGCAUUCCUAAAAAAAUGAACCAAUGACUUCAAAAUAUCCCUGACUGCAAUCAGGAGCCAUUUUGUAUGGGUGAUUUGCUAGGCCCUGGAACUGUUCAGACUUCAUCAGGAUGUUUUCUCGAGCUGUUUACAUAUUAUUUUAUUUAAUAAAGAAGAGAGAUAUGGAGGGGUGGAGGGGGAAGGGGGGUUGCGGAGUAUUUACUUCUACCGGUAAUAUUUUCUUAAAAAUGAGUCUCAAAUACAAAACACCUUAGGAUUCCCAAACUGUGACCUUUUAUAAUGUAACCAAAUAUGUUCUCACAGCCAUAAUUGAAUGUUUUCUAAACGAAAAAAUGAAAAAGACAGCCUGUGACGAUCCUCUGCAUAAUUGACCCAGUUCUUCAAGAUUUCUGCCAACUGUCGCACUCUGAGAAACGUGUACAAACCUCAUCAGUUACUGCACUAUUACUGUGACACUGGGCCUGAUUCUGAGGAACACAUAGUGCCGAUGUUCGCAUAGUUGAGAGAUUAUUUGCAGUUGCGCAUGAGUGAAAAAUCCUGAAAACCCUUACGGCGCAACCACAGUACAGCGGCUGUUACAGUCGGGCUAGACAGUAUUAGAAGUAUGGCAAAAAAGCAAUGGGCGUUCCUGGCCGGUGAUGGAGAACGCUACUAGUGCGCACAAAAAUGGUCUUUUCAGUGGGUGUAUUAUGGGAGUGUUCCGGGCGCAUUAAUGCGUUGAUAGAUGCGCACCGACAAGCAGAGGAGGCCGCGGUUGUAUGAAGACACUGCACCUGUCAUAGAGUUGGUGUAAUAUUCAAUGAUGCAAUCAAAGGUAGGUGCACCAACCAGCAUGCAUGGCCACUGAAAGUGGGCAUCUCCAUCCUUGCACAUGUGAAAGCAUGGAUGCACACAAGGAAAGGAGUUUGCAGUGGCAUUUGCACAAACUGCAGAAGGGCAGCCGCCAAUAGACGCUGCUGCUGUGCACGGUUUUGCGUGGUACUCAGAAUCAGGCUCUUUGCCUGCAGCCUCCGAGACUCUGAGGAUGAAAUUACAACAAAAAAAUCUGUAAUAAACUGCCAAUCUGAAUCCUUAA